CCGCGGAGCCGCCCCCGGAGCUCUGCCCCGGCCGGUCUGGCACCUGCGGGCCGGUGGCACCGGCCAUCAGCCCUUUUGGGUCUCUGAGCAAAAUGAAUUUCAUUACAAGGCUUCCUGCUUUAUGUCUGAGGAAAAGCAAGAUGCAACACAGGCACCAAAGUAAUAGACGACCAGCUGUUCCACUUGGAUCACGGAUUUUAACUGAUCCUUCUAAGGUCUUUGAGCAUAACAUGUGGUAUACAGAAGAUGUUACAGAUCAUUCAGCAGAGAUUUCCAUACAGUGUGCAAUUAUCAAAACAAGUAAAUUGAAUCUUAACAUAUAUAAGCGAUGUAACAGCAGAGAAGACAUCAAUGUGUAAAUGUUAACAAGAAUAAGAAUUGUCCUUUUUUGCAACAGUGCGUCCCCAUCUCUAAAAGGGACCACAUGCAGUGGUCGCAAGAAGAAGAGGAGAGUGCCAAGAAAAAAGCAGCAGAGAACUCACUUGUGAAAGUUCAAUGGGAAGAUCAAGAUAAAUAUGAAAGAGAAGCCAGUAAAUAUUGGAAUGAAUUUUACAAGACCCAUAAAAAUAACUUUUUCAAGGAUCGUAAUUGGCUAUUUCUGGAAUUUCCAGAAAUUCUUCCAGAAGAAAAGAGACAAGAAUUGAAAAGAGAAGAAAGAUCUUCAGAACACAGGAAAAUAAAUAGUACCAACAGGUUUUCACACAAAAAUGAAAUGUUUGAUGAAGGAGAAAAAUACUGGAAGAAAAAUUAUGGAGGUGGUUCUACUGCUGUACAAGGAUAUGUAUAUAAUAAAAUCCAAGCAGAAACGCCUAGUGAAAAUCCUCAGGGUAAAAACUAUGGAGAAGAACUUGGCAGGCUAGAAUCUUUCCCUGGUAGUGAUGCCACUUACAGAAUAUUAGAGGUUGGCUGUGGAGCUGGAAACAGUGUCUUUCCUAUUUUGGAAGUUCUACGCAAUACACCUGGAACCUUUCUAUACUGUUGUGAUUUUGCUUCAGGAGCAGUGGAGCUGGUAAAGUCACAUUCGUCCUACAAUUCAGCCUGGUGUUCUGCCUUUGUUCAUGAUGUGUGUGAUGAUGCUUUACCCUAUCCUUUUCCAGAUGAGAUCCUGGAUGUCAUUCUCCUUGUCUUUGUGCUCUCUACUAUUCAUCCUGACAGGAUGCAAGGGGUUGUAAAUAGGUUGGCUAAGCUACUGAAACCUGGAGGAAUGUUGUUAUUUCGAGACUAUGGAAGAUACGAUACAGCUCAACUUCGGUUUAAAAAAGGUCAUUGCUUGUCAGAAAAUUUUUAUGUACGAGGAGAUGGAACCAGAGUAUAUUUCUUUACCAAAGAUGAGGUAUGGAACAUGUUCAACUUGGCUGGAUUAACUGAAGUACAGAAUUUAGUUGAUCGGCGGUUACAAGUAAACAGGAAGAAAAAAGUGAAAAUGCAGCGAGUUUGGAUACAAAGCAAGUUCCAGAAACCGUUGCUGUCUCUGCAUAAUUCUGAAGAAACCACCAAAAGGCAUCCUUAUAAAUAAUUGCACUCUAGAAAUGUAAUACAGAAAUGAACUCCAGAAACUGAAGCAAAAUGGAGUACGUAUAUUUCCAGCAAACGUUGUGUUAGCCACUGAAAAGAAUAAAUAUAUUGAACUGAAAA